AUGGCUUGUGUUUCUUCCCCGUGGUUCAUGCUCAAUAUUAAUGGUGAAGAUCAUGGGUAUUUUGAAGGAAAGCGUGGGCUUAGGCAGGGAGAUCCUUUAUCUCCUUACCUAUUUACUAUAGUUAUGGAGGUGUUCAAUAUUAUUAUGGGUAAGCUUAUUGAAGAUUCUCUGAAUUUUAAGUUCCAUAGUAAGUGUUUGAGCCUCAAAAUUUCCCAUUUAUGUUUUGCUGAUGAUUUGUUAAUUUUUUCUUAUGGUAAUGGGAAUUCGGCCAGAAUUAUAAGGAAUGCCCUUGAUGAUUUCAAUAAGAUUUCAGGGCUGAAGAUGUGCAGGAGUUUUUUAUGGGCUAAUGGUGAGAUAGUCAAAGAUAAAGCUAAAGUUAAGUGGCUUGAAAUUUGCAAACCUAAGGAGUAUGUGGGUGAGAAUCAAUUAUAUAGGCAGCAGGAAUUUUUGGGAUAUUUUGCAGAGAGUAUGAGAUGGACAUGGAAGAGAUUUUUGGAGAUAAGGAAAACUGUUAGGCCUCAUGUUAUUUCAUGUGUGGGUAAUGGGAGGAACACUUCUUUAUGGCAUGAUUGGUGGCAUCCAAUAGGUAUUCUUUGUACUAUUAUCCCUAGGAGAGAGUGGAUUAGUAAUGGUCUUAGUGAUUCUGCUUUAGUUUGUGAUGUUCUUCAGUUUGAUUCUUAUUCAUGGCCGGUUGAAUGGGUUAAUAAGUUCCUUGGAUUGACUGAAGCUCCUAUGUUUUGUAUUGAUUCUAAUUUGAAUGAUGUUGUUGGAUGGAGGGAUAAGGGAGGUAUAUGCAGAAAGUUCUCAUGCAAACAGGUGUGGAAUGAUUUGAAUAACUUUGGGGAUAUUGUGCCUUGGUAUGAUCUUGUUUGGUAUAAUAAUUGCAUUCCUCGCAACUCUUUUAUUUUAUGGUUGGCUGUCCUGAACAGAUUAAAAACUCGGGAUAGGGUUAGAGGAUGGGAAGUGGCUGGUAAUUUGCUGUGUCCUUUUUGUGAUAAUAUGCCUGAUUCACAUAACCAUUUAUUCUUUAAUUGUGAGUAUUCAUCCAGAAUCUGGAAAUAUUUCUGCAGUAAAGUGGGUCUAAAUUUGUCAGCGGUUGAAUGGAAUGAUCUUAUUUUUAUGUUGAGCAGUAUGCUUAAACUGAAGACUGGUGAGAAUUUGAUCAUCAAAUGUAUGAUUGCUAGCUGUGUGUCUCAUAUUUGGAGAGAGAGAAAUUCUAGACUUUUUGGUUCUAGCAUAAUAUCAGUUGAGGGGAUUAUAGCUAGUAUUGAGAAUGAGAUUCGUUUGAAGCUGAUGGGAUUAAGGAAAAGAACUAAAAUGAUCAAUAAUAAGAUUUGUUUGAUCUGGGGUAUUUCGGGAAUUAUGAAUGGAGAAUAA